UUGAAGGGCGCCAUAGCGCGUAUACAUUUACAGAAAACCCUGGACUUUGAAAUUGAAAUAUUAUUUCAUAAAAAGAACUCUGAACUCUGAACUCUGAAGUGAAGGGCGGCAAGCCAACUAGCCAAGGCAUGGACGAAGAAGUAGAUCAGCCACUUCGUCUCCCUGAUUACGUUGGUCCAAUUCAAGACAUGGGAAAGGUGUUGGUAACCGUUACAGGCUACCAUGGCUUGGAGCGUUUCAACCUCAUCAAGUUGAUUGCAUACGCAGGUGCUUCUUAUAGCGGUAGAAUGGCGGAAUUCAUAAAUCACCUUGUCUGCUUCAAGUUCGAAGGAAGGAAAUACGAGAUUGCUAGAAGGCUCAAAAUACCCAUAGUUAACCACCGUUGGAUUGAAGAUUGCUUAAGGGAACGAACACGCCUUCCAGUAGAUUCUUACAUGUUGCAAAGUGGACAUGAAGUAGGGCCAUUGUCUCUGCGAGUUCCGGAAACCUUUGGACCAAAACAGUGGCUUAUUCAAUCCACCAACCUCAAUUCUGAACCUUUCGGUCCUGUUUUGGAAGAUUCAGAGAUACUGCUCAUAUAUGAGCAUCAGGAGAGGCCAGGGAAAGGAAAAAGAACUAUUUGCAGUGAUAGUGGAGUUAGUAUUGCGGCUGGGAAAUCUUGCAAAGAAAGAAGAACGGAUACCCUGAACACCAAAGAUGGUGCUAUCUCUUGCCUUUCUGGUGGUGUCACUAUUGACUAUCUUCCAGAUAAUAGUAGUUCUGGACCUGAUGAUGGCAUAUUUAAUAAAAAAAGAUCAACCACUGGUGGUUCAGAUGAGAAUGAGCUGAUCAAAUCUACAACUUUGUUUGUUGAAGAUACCCCACUUGUGCCACAGACUUCAAUAGAUAGAAGUUCUAGGGCUGAAAAGUCCAAAGAUUGUGAUCAGACCUCAAUGGGAGAAAUAUUAACCUACCCUUUGUGCAUGACAAAUAUUGUGAUCCAGAAAAUUGAGCAUGCAGCCACCACUGAUCAAAAGUUAUGCUCCCUGACAAUCCCAUGUUACAAUUUGGCCUCAGGUACUUUGGUCCCUAUGGAUCAAGAGUUGCCAGAUUCUAAUCCUAUAGUCCGAGAGCAUAGUGGAAUCCAUCACCAUCAUCAUGAAAAUCAACUAAGAGAACCAGCACAUUAAAUUUAGAUGGAUACUUAAUGUUCAGCUUUCUUUUGCUGCGGUUCUGGUGUCACCUGUGUUCUAUUAGUACAAUACAUUUCCACAUGUAUAUCAUGUAGGAAGACAAUGGAUAUGUGAAGCAGUGUCCUUGGGAUGGCUAUGCAGGAAACUAUUUUUUUUAUUUUGACUGGUUAGAUUAGUGUCCCAUUGACUUUACUAUGGACACUGCUUAUGACUUGUUUUCAUUUCUUUGGUUCGGUUAACAGCCUUGUAUAGGCUAACUUGUGAAACAUCCUAGGAUAUGAACUGUACCAAACUUUGGAUUGUAGUGUUUUGUUAAUGAGCAACUACUUAGCUGAUUAUGUUGUA